CUUAGUUUUCUUAUGUGUCGAUUAUAUUAAAUCAAAAUGAUUAAAGAAUGAAAUAAAAACAACUAAAAAAAAUAAAAUAGGUCAGAUAUAUUAGAUGAUGCAGGAUUUAAUUUAUUUACUUCGAAGUUCGAACGUUAAGAUUUUCCAUUUUUUCGGAGCAGAAAUAGCAAUUUGCGCUCGUAUAGAGUAACAGAGUGUCUGAGCUUCGUCUCUUCACUCUUCAGUUCUUGGAAUCGGAUUAGAGAUGAUAAACCCUAAAUUGGCUCGUAGUUUACGCAACUUACUUCCACUUAUGCAUAGAGACCUCAGCUCCCGCUUCUCUCCAACUCCCUUCGCCUCUCACCAUGAUCGAAUUGCAUUCCAUCUUUUUCAGUCACGUCCAUUCACCCUCCACAAAUCUAACUCUUCUUUUUCGGUUGUGGUAUUUGGGUUUCAUCAUUCUGUUUAUCGUCCUCCUAAAAUUUCCUCAAGUUUUAAUCCUUCGUUUGCAAGUCAUCAUGGGUACUCCACCACCACCAAUGCCUCUACUGAAGAUAUCCAGUGCCAAAACCCUCAAGAACCACCUCAAUCUGACACAAACGAUGAAGUAGAACCAAUCGACUUAUGGGAGGAAGAAGACGAAGCUGAGCCUAAGAUCGGAGAUGGUGGAGAUGGAGGCGGUGUUGUCCUGCAAAACUGUCCUUGGGGCGAGAAAGUUCUAUCCAUUGCUCGAGACGUUUUGCUUCAGUUUGGUGAUGACAUAGAAAUCUUCGCUUUCAAAACCUCCCCUCGUGGAUACAUUUAUGUCAGAUUAGAUAGACUCUGUAACGAAUAUGGGUGCCCUAGCAUAGAGGAUAUUCAAAGUUACAGCCAUGAAUACAAGAAAAGACUAGACAAAGCAGGAGAAACUGGAGACAUACCCUGUGAUUUAGCUCUUGAGGUGUCAUCUCCAGGUGCAGAUAGGCUACUGAGGAUACCGGAUGAUUUAGAAAGAUUUAAAGACAUGGCUAUGAGAGUGAAGUAUGUAGAUGAUGAUGAUCAUAGGUGUAAGGAAAAAGAAGGGGUGUUCUUUUUGGAAGCCAUUGAAGGGGAAUGUGAGAGGCAACUUUAUACCUUGAUUACCAAUAAGUGUGCAACUUGGAUUCUUCAAUUUGUUCUUGAGAUGACACCUGGACAAUUAAUUGUGGAAAUACUUCUUACAGACUUUGAAACCACAUACAACAACAGGUAA